AUGGUUUAUCUCGCCGGUGCAGGAUACAUCACAGUCGUCGGAAUGAAUAACCGGAGGCCAAAAUUCUUUACAUCAGUUAUACCAAACAGCACCAUUUUAACGCUCUACGACAUCGUAUCACUCUGUCGGGGAGAACAUGGCUUCAGUAGCGCUUCCGAAUCAGCUUGGACAGAUUUACCCAUAGAGAACGCCUACGAGCUGUUAGGAGUGACCGAGACCAGUUCUUUUGCCGAGAUUAAAACGUCUUUUCGCAAAUUGGCCAAAGAAACUCACCCGGACCUCGCGGAGGCAAGCAACGGUUCCAGUGCGUCUCGACGAUUUGUGCAAAUUCUGGCUGCCUACGAGAUUCUUUCAGAUUCUAAAAAGAGAGCCCAUUAUGACAUGUACCUGUUGUCGCAGAAAAAGCUUAUGCAAAAGCAUUCUAAUCAGGGUUCUAAAUUGUAUAUUUACAAAUCAGAAGGUACCACGUUCAAGGUGAUGGAAGUUGUUGAAUGGUUAAAAUGGUACAGGUUAACUAUAAAUAAUAUUUUGGCAGAAAAGAAGGUGGUAGAUGGAACAGGCUAUUUCGAUGUACUUGAGAGAGAUUUUUAUUCAGCUAUUCAUGCAGCAUACUAUGGUCCUGAAAUUGACUCUAUGCCGAUGGAACUUCUUCCUGACUGCUUUGAAGCUGAGGAAAGGUCCUCUUAUGAUACUCCUGAGGUUUUGCACUUAGUUUCGGGUCGUGAUCUUUUUGGGAUGGUUUGCCUAGCCAACAAGGUUCCAGAGAUAUCAACUACUAACAACGAGAAGUUAACAUCUUUUAGAUCCUUUCAUUCUGACCUGAGUCAAUCUAUAACAAAUAUGAAUGUCCACAGGAAUGCAGAAAGAUCAGAUGAUUUUGAAACCUAUGAAGGUCUCAGCUCUAAAACUUCAAGUAUUGUAUCAGAUGCAUAUAGACAUCUAGAAUUGCACAUCGCUGGAAGAGUGGUUGCUACAGCAUCUAGGGCCCUUCCUAGAUGCGGUUCUGAUGUAAUGCAGACAGAAGAUUCUGAAGAUCAUAUUCAUGUGUUCCUUAACUUAUAUGAAGAUCCCAAACAUAUCAGCAGUGGUUUUUGGAAAGAUUACCAAGCAAAUGGUGCAGUUGGAAGUAGAAUUCAUUUGGGAACCAUAUCUGGACUUGGGAGCAGUCCAGAUGAAGGUUGUUGUUAUGUUUACAAUGAUAAGGGUACAAAGACCCAUGCGAUUAUGAAGCACAGAACAUUGAUGGUGAAGCAUAUGCAUUGGUAUGAAGCGGGUGAGAAAGUUUCAGUUUGCGAGUGUAGAUGCAGUAGAGCACGUUUACCCCCAAGCAAAUUUUGGCUAUUUGAGCCUCGCUGUGGCUUACAUGAUAUAGGGGGCUGGUAUGUUGAAACAUAUGGCAAAGAUAAGAACGGUCGUACAAAGCCAUCACAAAGGUUCUGGGGUGGUUUGGACUAUAACAUGCAAGCUGACGGAAGACUUCAUCCGGCAAUGUAUCUGUUUGCUCUUGCAUAUCGGACACUUGAUCUUGAAUACGUCAAAGCAAGCAAGAAAUCAUUUAGGAAUGUUGUUGGAGCACAUACGUUUAGAAUACUUCAUUGGUGCAAGAAACUUGUUCGAUAG